CCGCGGCGCGCGGCUCUCGCGGCGCUGGGAGGAACUCGAGGGCGAGGGAGGCCGCGGAGCCGGGAGCAAGGCGGACGCUGGGUCGCGGGCUCCUCAGUGAUGUUUUACUCAGGGCUCCUCACCGAGGGCGGCCGCAAGGAGACGGACAUGCGGGAGGCGGCGUCGCUGCGGCAGCAGCGCCGGAUGAAGCAGGCUGUGCAGUUCAUCCACAAGGACUCCGCCGACCUGCUGCCCCUGGACGGCCUGAAGAAGCUGGGCUCGUCCAAGGACACGCAACCUCAUAACAUUCUGCAGAGGCGCCUCAUGGAAACGAACCUGUCUAAGCUCCGAAGCAGUCGUGUCCCUUGGGCAUCCAAGACCAACAAACUCAAUCAGACUAAGUCUGAGGGACUGAAGAAAUCUGAGGAUGAUGACAUGAUUUUGAUUUCUUGCCAGUGUGCUGGAAAGGAUGUGAAAGCCUUGGUUGACACAGGCUGUCAGUAUAAUCUCAUCUCUUCAGCCUGUGUGGAUAGAUUGGGACUCAAGGAGCAUGUCAGAUCUCACAGGCAUGAAGCAGAGAAGCUUUCUCUACCUCGGCAUCUGAAAGUAGUGGGCCAGAUUGAGCACCUAGUGAUCACAUUGGGCUCCCUCCGCCUGGACUGUCCAGCAGCUGUGGUUGAAGACAAUGAGAAAAACUUGUCUCUUGGUCUCCAGACUCUCCGAUCCCUGAAGUGCAUCAUAAACUUGGAUAAACACCGGCUGAUCAUGGGGAAGACAGAUAAGGAAGAAAUCCCUUUUGUGGAGGCAGUUUCCUUGAAUGAAGACAACACUUCAGAAGCAUAACUGCAGCCUCUAACAUGUCUGCACAUAUGUACAUGCACCAGGUUGACAGAUUGAAAAAACUGGGUUUGAACCAAAUGCAGUAGCAACCUGCUGUGGACCAAGUCCUUUUCUCUAAUAGAAGCUUCAGGGGUUCCUUCCCACCCAGACCUCUCUAGACUUUAGUCUCUGCUUAGAGAUCUUGUCUGGUUAUAGCCAUUGUUUUUUACUCCUUUUAUCACUUAAUUUAUAGACCUUUUUGACACUGCCAGGUCUCACUUGUGGCCUAUUUCUCUGCUGCUUCUAGGAAUUUGCUUUAAUAGUCAAGUAUAGGGGCUGCCAGGUUCUAUUUCUCCAUAGAUAAACUUGCUUAUUUUCCUAUAGCUAAAAUGUACAAUAAAUAGGAACCUGACCUUUACCUCCUUUCAGCUGUUUCACAGAGAUGCAGGUUACCUAUGUCUCAGAAUUAAAAUUUCUUCUAAUUCAUUCAUUGAUUUCUCAAGUACGAAUUGAUCUGAAAUGUGAAAGAGCCCAGAGAGGUAAUCUAUUUCAACCCUUUCAUUUAAAGGUCCAGAUAGGCAAGUGAAUUGUCUAAGCUCAUAUACUGAGUUAGUGGCAAAAGAAAUCUAGAUCUCAGACCUGACAAGCUAAGUCUAUGUUCAUUCUCUCAUGCUGCUUCAUUUGUCUUCAAGCCUUGAGAGGAAGACAAAGAGGUGAGGGUUUGU